AUGCAAUUGUUUGUAUUACAUCCGAACCUAGAGAUAUCUAGCUGCGAUGGAGGACCUAGCGAGAAGACAAUCGAAGGUAAGAAACUUGCUUAUCUAAAAAAUUUGAAACGUUACAAUGAUUUGAUGCACAAACUUUCUGAGAAUCCCUCAGUUAAAGAAAUCCCUGAUUGGUGCUUUACCCGUGACACGGAGAGAAAUAUAUCAGAAGUGAUCAAAAGGAACACAUCAUCGAAUACGCAGUCUCAUUCGAAUAUAAAAUCAAAUCACAUUAAUGAUGUUGAUCAGAAACCUGUAAAACAAAAGUUGCAGCUUGACAAUAAAGGGAAAUGUGAAUUUGCUAUGAAUCGAGAAAAAUUAGAAGAAAUCAAUACAGUGGAGGAUUUACCAAUUGAAACAAUAAGGCUCAACGACGAAGAUCAGCUUCCAUUCAAAAAGAACAAGGGUGAUAAGAAUUCAGAUGGUUCAUUAAUCAUAUACAUGCUUCAGAGAAUUAAUUUACCGAAAAAGGCAAAGGAAGGUCAGAAUUAUAGGGUAUUCUUAGUGGUUAAAUAUUUAGAAAUUUCAACGGAUGUACUGCUAGUUGAAUACAAAUAUAUUCAGGUAUAUUCCCGUAUGAAUGAAAUAAUAAGGAAGUACUUCUCGAAACCGGAAUUGACACCUGAAAUGGAAGAGGAAGGAUUCAAACAAGUGAACAAAGAGAUGGACUUUUUCAAGAAGUUGGAAAAUAUCUUAGUAAGGCUUAGAAGACUAAAGGCUGAAUUUAAGGAUACUUACGGUACAUCAAUCUUGGAUUUUUCAGAAUCUGAAGCGGCAGGGAUUAAUGAUGGCGAUAGGAUUACUACCAAACCUACUACAACAGUAGGCAAGUAG